AUGAGCUCAGAUGGAUUUAAACAACUCAUCCUGCAUCAAGACUUAAGCCACUUGGAGAAACAUCUGGCAGAGACCACAUCAAAAUUAAAGAUGAAGAAAAAAGCAACUAAGACCCAAGAAGCCAAAAAAAUCUUGAAGAAGAAAUUUAAAGUUAACACAAAAAUAGUUUUUACUGAAGAUGGAGAGUUAGUGCAGCAGUGGCCACCUGUGCAGAAAUCCAAUUUGGCACAAGCGGAUGAGGAAGAUGAUGCCAAUGGUAUCAACCUAGAUAAAGCCAAAGAAAUCCUGCGUGAAGAAGACAAAUUUGACAAAGAAGAAUAUAGGAAGAAAGUAAAGGAAAAACAUAGGGAGAAGAGGCUAAAAGAAAAAGCAGCAAGGAGAGAAGCCAGGAAUAAGAAUGCACAGGCUGAAGAGGAAACAGUGGCCUUUCUUGAUCACAGUGGAAGUGAAGAAGAGUUUGAUCCAAGCACUCUCCCAGAUCCUGAUAAAUUCAAAGACUCUGAUGCAGAGCAGGAUUCAGAAAGUGAAGACAGCUAUAGUGAACUUGAGGAGGAGACUGGAAGAAAGAAGAGAAGCUAUAGCAACACUGCCACAGCAGAAGAAAUGCCACUGAAAAGAAAAAAGAUGCAUUUCAGCCACGAGGAGGACCCCUGUUUGCCCUUAGAUACUGGGCUUUCUCUGGCAGAGGAUGAAGAGCUUGUACUGCAUCUGCUCAACAGUCACAACUAAUUAUUUUUUCUGCAGGUUUUCUUCUCUGGGACAUUUCCACAAUUUUGUCAGUAGUUUACACAAAAUGAAUUUGGCAUCUGGGCAGCUGGAUCCCCGUGAAUGUAGAUAAAUGGGUUCCACGUGCAAUGGGAUUGCCUUAGAUUGGCUCAUAGGUUAUAGACAACGUUUAGUUUGAUUUAUAAGGCUUUCUAAAUGAACUUUUCAUCCUGAAUCCCCAGGUGUCAUUUUGCAGUAGCCUGUUCAUAAUUUUAAAUCUCCAAGUUUUGAAACAAUUACCUUCUUUUAUUUUCAUCUUGCUUUAAAUGAAAACAGGAUGUUCCUUUCUUGACCAUGCCAAGUUUGUUAUUCUGGAAGAUAUAUGUGUACUAAAAUUUUUAAGGAAGAAAUGCUGUUGGCAGCUCAGAUCAUAUUACUUAAAAAUGAAGUAUGUACUUUCUUCUGUGUAUAAGGCACAUGUUUUAAGAAUAUUUUAAUAAAAAUUUCUAGAGCCUUGAUGUAAACUUAACUGUCUCUUUCAGCUUUGUUAUGAAAGCUUAUAUUUAUCCCUCAGGUAUCACUUCUGUUAUGAUUCUGUCACUGGUGUUAGGCAAUUCAGAAAACAACAUUUAGAAGCUAAAACUGAGUCUUGUCUUUGAAUCCCAUAUGAGUGAGAACACAUUGUCUCAUAGUAGUAUCUGUUUGGUCUUUCCAUAUGUCCAUAUGAACAUAUUAAAUACUCCAUUUUUGUCAAUAACACUCUUUUUUUGUCAUAGGAAUCUAUCAUCACCUAUUCAGUACAACCCUUUCCGCCUCUCCCUAUACUUUAUCUUUUAGCUCAGUUACCCAAAACUGAAAAUAUACUGCAAAUUCUUGCCUCCAAAUGUUUCUUCCACUGUUCUGCCAGCAGGCAGGGUAUCAUAAAAACAAUAUUAUAGGCAGAGCACAUCUGCCAUCUGCUCCUUCCUGACAAUGUGGAAUGAGAAGAAAUGACUGAGUUUCACAAACAGCUAAACAUGAAAGAUGGGACCUGCUUGGCAGCUGAUGCACAGUGUUUGUUUAGUCUACAGUGCCACAGUGGGCCUGGAAAAUGUUGUGAUCUGGGACCAGCAUCACUGAUGAAUCUGUUAAUGAAGAAGGAUCUGCUGUGGUGCUGCUGUGACUGGUCCACGUGUCCCGUGUGCCAUCCUGUGAAUGGUUGCACUGAAUGUAAUGAGCAGCCUCAGCAAAAUAUCUGUCUGUGCUGGGAUAGCAGAGCUCCUGCUCCUGUAGCUGUGGAGGAAGACAGAGAACUGCAGUGCAGAGAGCUCCACCAGCAGAAAGCUGCUCAAAGAUCAUUUAGGUAUGGAUGACAACACAUACAGUGGUGUGUACUUCCUGGAGAUAUUCAGAGAUCCAUAGUGUACUUGGUGGUGGUCAGUUGUCUUGUACAUCACCUGAUGUCUCUCAAAUCAAAGCUUUUCUCUAAGAAGCAUGAACAGUUGUGGUUGAGGCAAGCAAGUAAAAAACCAAAAGACGUAAUGUUUCUGACUAGAACAUUCUUGUAUGCCGAAGUGGGAGAGAGAUGUUCUUACCUACUAAACAAUAAGACUACAAUUUAAAUUAUACAUACUGGAAGUAUUGUGGUGCACAUCUUGUGAUGGUGUUUUAAUUGUCUGCAUAAAAAUAAUUGUUUCAAGUGCUUUUACUUUUGUAUUUCUAUAUAAUGAAAUUUCUAAUGUAUUUGUGUUGUUUGAUAUAA